AUGGACUUCUAUGACACACCUUUGGAUAUCGACCCCGGCCUGUUUGAUGUCAAACCCACUGAAAGCACUGCCAGCUUUUCUAGCACUUCAGAUGGUGUUACAGAACUUCGUCGAACUUACAAACCCGUUCCACUGGAAGAAAAAGUUUCUCAGGAGUAUGCUAUCCGACGCAAGCUGAAUAACCAGGCCGUUAGGCGCUGCCGGACGUUGGGCAAAGUCAAGUACAAGAGCCUUCUUAUAAAGACUGCCGGGUAUCAGAGCCUUUCCGGGGAGUACCGCACUGCGACGGAGGAAAUGGAAGCUGCCCGAAAAGUUAGCCUUUACUACAGUUGUGCGACAUUUUGUGUUCGAAAGUCUUAAAGUGAUUUUUGAAGAACUGUUUAGGUAUACUCUCAUUUACAGGCAGAAAGUUGGCAACAUUAUGCUUGUGUCGAUGACUCAAGAAUAGAAAUUUUUCUUAGGUCCUGCGUCAAAGCCCUGUGGUACAUACUCCCUACGUGCGUCCGUCACGUUGUGCGCAAAUCGGUUCAGACUGGACGGGAGAAGCGAGUGAUUUAGCGAUGGCAUAGGUGCUCAUGUAUCUGCCCCUAUAGUGCUGACGUAAAGGCAACUUCUCAGUUUACAGUAUCACCGUUCGCUCGAUACAAUUAUGCGAACCAGACUCCACCCUGGUUGAUAUUUGGCUGAGGAUUUUAACCACAAUUGUGAUCGAAUUAACGUUAGGAGAAUCCAGUUUUUUUUGUCCAGUAGCAACAUUUAUAGUCAGAGUAAGUACCUACAAUCUUUCGUACAUGUUUAAAACGGCUGUUGAAUUUCCUUUUAACAUUAUCGCAUCCUACACGAAGAACAAAUCGGUUGGUUAUCUGCCUGCAGACGAUUACUUCCGAGGCGUGAAUGAAUGAAUUGUUUUAUUUAGUACCCCUAGGGAUACUUACAUAGCAUAGGCGACCUCGUUUGGCUAUUUUCGUCGGACCAAGGACGAUUGAGUUGUAAUGUUGUGCUCAGUUCUACAAUCUGAAUUAGUGACUGCUUUCCGUACUUUGUCGUGGUAGUGCUCCUUCGUCUCCGCUUACCCCCACUGCUUUUUCAAUCCAGACUCUCGAGACACUCUUCCGACAGCAAUUAAUCUCAGGCUCCGCUGCCCAAGAAGUCCAAAGGGUCCGACUGGCAAUUGAGGAGGAGGCAAGAUCUCGGUCUCGAUUUGAUUCUAAAAUUGAGUCAGCACGACAGCAGUACUUGGCCCAACUGGAGGACCUCUCGAAGGACGCGGAGUCAUUGCAGUCUCCCGAACUUUCCAGUCACUCCAGCGAAGCCUCAUUUCCUUCCUCUGAAUCUACUUCUUUCCCAUAG